AUGUCUGGGUUCAACGGGGAGACCGUAGAAUACAAGAACAUCUGCUUCACGGUGUGGGACGUGGGAGGCCAGGACAAGAUCAGACCUCUCUGGAGGCACUACUUCCAAAACACUCAGGGUCUCAUCUUUGUGGUGGACAGCAACGACCGCGAGCGCACACAGGAGGCUGCUGAGGAACUGCAGAAGAUGCUGCAGGAGGAUGAGCUGGCCGACGCCGUGCUGCUGGUGUUUGCCAACAAACAGGACCUGCCCAACGCCAUGCCCAUGAGCGAAAUGACUGAGAAACUGGCCCUGCAGUCAUUGAGGAACAGAAAAUGGUACGUCCAGGCCACCUGUGCCACUCAGGGAUCGGGCCUGUACGAGGGUCUGGACUGGCUGUCCACCCAGCUCAGUAGCAAGAGCUAGGCCUGGAUCCACGACCGGAGAGGCGCUCCUUAACCAAGGACAUGUGCAGCAGCUGACCUGGAGGGGGGAAGGAAGAUGGCUCGUUUGACAUUUAAAGCGUUCCCUGUGCUCUUGUGCUGAUGGCAUCAGACCACACGCCUCCCUCUGCCUCCUUUCCCCUCCCUUCUCCCCCCCCAUCCACCCCUUCUCUCCCCCCCCAUCCACACCCCUUCUCUCCCCAUCCACUCCUCCCAUCCCCCCCUCCUCUUCUCUUUUUUCUUCUUUGUACAAAUGCCUUUGUUGCCAGCAUUCACCACCCAUUUUCUGAUGCACAUGUAGCGAUAUGCCGUCGUCAAGGCGAAUCCUAUAACGUCUAUCCAAACUGGUCAGUAAUCAAUGGGGUGGGGUGGGGUGGGGCGGGUGUUUACAUCAGGGGUUCCAUUGGACGUGGCCUGGCAAAACGGUUUGUUUCGGCAAUUUACAGGGCAGAUGUGUGUGUGUGUGUGUGUACGUGUACGUGUACGAACACGGUAGGAAACUUGGAAACUUCAACUCUUCCACCCCCCAAUUCUCACUUUUUUUUUUUUCUUUUUUUUUUGAAGUCAUUCAGAUUUGUUCUAAAGACAUUUAGCCUCCAUUCCUGUAGUGCACUUCUGUCAUUCCAAGCUCUGUCUGCAUGCUGGCAAUCCUGUCUCUGACUAGCUUUUCUCUGUAAAUAUGAGGACCGUUUGUUUUUGUUUUGUCUGUUCUUCUUGCAAUGGCUGCUUA